GCAUAAAUAGAGCCUCAACGGCUAUCUCUUUUGUAAUAAUACAAGGCACUUGAACAACCUUCUCCACAGCGCAUCACAGACUCGCAUUCGAACUUUGGUCUACCGCUCAGUCAGGUCGCCAUUUGGCUUACCCUAAAGACAUCGUACUCAUGGUAGCCACAGGUGGCGCACACAACGACAUCGCAAGCCUCAGCCACAAUUCAAACCCCAGUCACCAAAAGUUUCACUCGUAGCAUGAAUUCAUCACAAGACUCACAUUCACUUCACAAUGUCGACCGUUGACCCCAACAUGUUCCGCGUCCCCGCUGCCCGCGCCCUCACCGUCCUCGAUAGAUCACUGUUCCAUACCACGCUACCCGUGGCCGCCGCUCUGGUCAACGACAGCCGGCAGCUCUCUAGGUUGAGGAAGGACCUGGAUAAGACCCGAGAGAUUCUGAAUGUGGACAAGGUGAAGCCCGUGGUUAGCCACCCUGACCCGGAGAAGGCAAAGGGUGGCUUGAAGGCAUUACUUCUUCAGCCGGAUGUGAAACCAGGAGCCCCCGAGAGUUGGAGUGCUGUGCUGAAGCAGGCCAAGGAGGCGGGAGACGUUGAUCUCAUUCCCUACUCCGUCCAGCUAGACUACUACCACUUCCAGUACCUGGACAUUCUCCGAUCCAUCAUACCCGAAGAGCUCCACGACGAGAUCCCAACAGGCUUCAACAGCGUCGGCCACGUUGCUCACCUCAACCUACGUGAGCAGUACUUGCCCUACAAGCACAUCAUCGGCCAGGUCAUCCUCGACAAGAACGCCCAUCUCAAGACAGUCAUCAACAAGCUGUCCAACGUCGGGACCGAGUCCGAGUUCCGCACCUUUCCGUACGAGGUCCUGGCCGGACCGGACGACCUGAACGUCGAGGUGAAGGAAUCCGGCUGCAUCUUUCAGUUCGACUACGGCACCGUCUACUGGAACUCCAAGCUGAGCACCGAGCACGAGCGGAUCGUGGAUCUCUUCCAGCAAGGGGACGUCGUGGUCGACGUCAUGGCAGGCAUAGGCCCGUUUGCCGUGCCCGCGGGCAAGAAGAAUGUCUUUGUGUGGGCCAAUGACAAGAACCCCGAGAGCUUCAAGUAUCUCGAAAAGGCCAUUGACAAGAACCGCGUCGGCUCGUUUGUGCGGCCCUACAACGAGGAUGGUCACGAAUUCAUCAAGCAGUCCGCCGAUCUAGUCCUCGCCGCCUCCGGCAACGGCGAGUUCGGCACCAUCCCAGGGCCCAAGCCGUCUCGCAAGUCCAACGCGCCGCCGCCGGCGCCUGUCAAGGUCCCCAUUGCGCCCGUGAUAUCGCAUUUUGUCAUGAACCUCCCCGCCUCGGCGCUCGAGUUCCUGCACAACUUCCGCGGUCUCUACCAUGGACAGGAGAGUCUCUUUGCGCCCCACACGCAGGCGCAACUCCCCAUGGUCCACGCGCACUGCUUCGCGCCGAAACCCAACGACGAAGCGGCCGUGCAGACAGCGCUGGACAGAGUGGAGAAGGAACUCGGCGUGAAGCUGGUGCAGGGCAAUGGCGAGGUGGAAGGCCAGGCGACCGUGUACGAUGUACGAGAUGUUGCCCCGCAGAAGCUCAUGUUCUGCGUGAGCUUCCGACUGCCCAAAGAAGCGGCCUUUGCGCCGAGGACAUAGGACGCUGGUUCGGGUACACAAAGGUCAGGUGCCGAGAUGGGCGGCGGUCACUGCGCAACACCGCAGCCUGGCCUGCUGCCCGUCGCCUUA